AUGAAGGGAACUGGAGUGAUUUCUGAGCCGUUAACAGUGCAGACGCUCUCAGUGGAGCAUCACAUGAUCAGAGGUCCGGAUCUGCACUGGUGUGUGAACAGAUCCAGUGAAUCAGCCGUGUGUUCAGAGCGUCUGAGGCUCACAGCGGCGCUCUUCUGUGUGUUCACUUAUCUGGACACACGCUCGCUGCUCACCGCCGCUGAGGUGUGUAAGGACUGGCGCAGUGUCGCACGUCAUCCUGCUGUUUGGAUCAGAGUAACACUGGAGAACACACAAGUGUCAUCGAAGUUCCUGAUGACUCUGUCUCAGUGGUGCUCUCAGACUCAGUCUCUUGUUCUUCACAAUCUCAAACCUCGAUCCCGUGGCAAGAAGGAGAACAAAGACGAGUACUUGCGCAGCACCAGGGGUGGGCUGGAGGCGGGGCUGGAGGCGGUGCUAAAAGCAGCGGGGCGGAGUCUCAUCUCUCUGAGCAUCUCUCAUUGUCCCAGUAUUUUGACGGACAGAUCUCUGUGGCUCGUCAGCUGUCACUGCCGUGCACUGCAGUCACUCACAUACAGGAGCGCGUCAGAUCCGGCGGGACAGGAGGUGAUCUGGGCUCUGGGAGCGGGAUGCAGGAACAUCACAACGCUGCACAUCGCUCCUCUACAGCCGUGCCUGCAGCCCAGUCGCUUCAGUAACCGCUGCUUGCAGACGAUUGGCCGAUGCUGGCCGAACCUGUGUCGUGUGGGGGUGGGCGGGGCCAGCUGCGGCGUGCAGGGAUUGGCCUCUCUGGCGAGGAACUGUGUGAACCUGUGUGAGCUGGAGCUGCAUCACAUGAAUGAAGUGAACCAGGAGUCAGCGGCGGAGAUCUGUAGAGACGGACUCCAGCAGCUGCACACGCUCAGCUUCAUCUCCACACCGGUCACCUCCAGAGCCCUUCUGCACUUCAGCAGUGUGUGUGUGAGUCUGAAGUGUGUGCUGGUUCAGUUGAGUAUCUCUGAUUACUUCGAAGACGCUGACAGUGAAGAAGCCAAGAGAUUAUUUGAGGAGAUCAUCAACAACCUACAGGCGUUGAGAAAGCGUCCGGCUCUGAGUGAUGUUCUACAGAUCAGAGUAAAGAAACCCUGAGACAAACACACACACACACACUCUCUCUCUCUCUCUCACACACACACACACACACACAUACAUACACACACACUUAUAAUGACCACAGACAUAAUCAUAAACAACAUAAACAUUACAGGAGAACUUACAAACAACAUAUAUUUUAAAAUGAUUUCAAUUUAACAUCUGUUUUAUUUAGUUCUUUGUUUUAAAAUAAUUGAUGUACAUUAUUUUGAUAUGUUUAAUUUUGAAGUGUUUUAUUUUAGCUGUUUUUAUUUUUAAUUAUUAUUUAAAGUUUUCUUCUUCUUUUUUUAGCGUUUUUAUUUAAUAAUUGUUAUUUUCAAUUAACAAUCACUCCUCACACAUCUGAUGCAGGAUUUUUUUAUCAAUUAAACAUUAUUAUGACUUAUGUAAGAAAAUGAUGUACAUUUUACAAUUUUAUAAUUUAAUAAAUUAUUUUUUUUAUUUUAAAUUAAUUAAAAUUUUUCAUUUUCAUGAAUUAUUUCAUUUUCAGUAUUUAUUUAUUUAUUUAUUUAUUUUUAAUUGUAAAAUCAAAUUAUAAAUGAACACAAAUAAGGCACUUUUGAGAGUGGAGGGGGUUUGAGACGCACAGUUAUAUCGCUCAGGUCUGUUUAUUUCCAAUAUUAUAGUAGCUUUAGGAAUAUAAUUCAGAUAUAUUGUGUUAGUUGUAGCUGUAAAGUCGCAAUAAUUAGCAGUAAAUGUUAUUAAAGGCAAUUAUGAAUUCAGUACUGUUCAAACGCACGUAUGCAUGAACACACUGACACACGCACAGGCACACACAUACUCACACACGCACGCACACACACACACACACACGCACACACACACACACACGCACGCGCACACACACACACACACACACACACAGGUCUUCCAGCAGGUGUCUUCAGUGACCUCAGACUCAUCUGGAUCUGUUUCUGUGUCUAAUGUGUGUGUUAUCUGUUAUUGAUCAUAUACAGCACUAUUUAUUAACAGAAUCACUCCAUUAUUCAUAAUUUGUUAAUUAAUAUAUUCAUUUUUAUGGAUUCUUUAAUUUUUGUAAGUUUUUUUUGUAGGUUUUAUUUUUUUAUAUUUCACUUAUAAUUAUUAAAAUUUGUAUUUUAUUUUGAAAUUAUUUCUCAAAAUGUAAAAUUUUGUGCAUUUUAUUUUGAGUAUGUUUUUAAUAAUUUUUUUUUUAAUUAAAAAUUAUUAUUUUUUAUAUAAAUUACUUUUUUUUGUAUGAAUCUUAAUUUAAUUAUUUUUAUGUAAAAACUAUUUACAUUUAUACAUUUUUAUGAAUCGUCAUUUAAUUUUCAGUGUGCAUUUUAAUUUUAAAAUCAGUAAUUCAUAUUUUACAUAUUUAUGAUUUAAGUAAUUAUUUGCUCCCAUUUUGAGAAACCCUGAUCUGAAACAUUGCACAUAUUAAAUAUGAAAAAUCAAUUCAACUCAAACCUUAUUGCAUCCGAGUGGUGAAGUCUGUAAAUGAUUGAGUUUGGCUUUGUUUGAUGGGCUGAUCUUCCUCUGGACCAAAGCUAAAUAAUGUGCUGCUUUCAGACAAUCUGAAGUGUCUUACAGCGAUUCAACUGCCAUGAAAGGAGCUUUAAUUCUCUAAUCAGACGGAUAUUGAAAUCUUCAUCAGUGAAAUAUUAAAAGCACAUCAGUGGAGGCACACUGUGGUAUUUCUAUGUAUAUGUCUGAUCAUAGUUAUGAAUAUCAGCAGCUCAGUGUUUGAUUGACUCUAAUGAAGAGUCUGUGGAGAAUUGUGUGUGGAGUUUUAGUGUAGAGAAAGAGGGUUGAGGAAACAUUAAAACAAUGUUGAGACAAUUGCAUGAGAAAUCCAGGAGAACAUUACCUCAUUUAAAAACAUUAUGGUGCAUUUACAUGUAUGAUGUACUUUGUUGGAACAAACUGAAGUACAAAAUAAAGAGAAAAAAACUGA